AUGGUUGUCAAAGACUCUGAAAUCCCUGAACCUAGCGAGGGACCUGAACCAGAAGAACAGUGGACUCUCAUGUUCGACGGUGCUUCAAAUGCUAUAGGUCAUAGGAUUGGGGUAGUGCUGAUGUCUCCCAAGAAUUUUCAUCUACCAUUCACUGCAAAGCUUUGCUUCACCUGCUCGAACAACAUGGCUGAAUAUGAAGCCUGCAUAUUGGGGCUAGAGGAAGCUAUUGAGUUAAAGAUUAAAAUUCUUGAGGUAUUAGGAGAUUCUGCUCUAGUGAUACAUCAAAUCAGAGAGAAUCAGAUGGCAGAUGCUUUGGUAACCUUGGCUUCCAUGUAUAAGUUAAUAUGGCCUAACCAUCAGCCUAAUGUUGAAAUCAGGCGUUUUAACGAACCUGCUCAUUGUCUGACAACAACAGAAGAGUCAAAUGACAAACCCUGGUUCUUCGACAUCAAACAUUAUCGAGAGAAACAAGAAUAUCUGGUGGAGGCUUCCAGCCUUGACAAGAGGAUUAUACGGAGGUUGGCGUCGAAGUUAUUCUUAAAUGGAGAUGUGUUGUACAAGCGAAAUUAUGACAUGGUCUUACUCAUAUGCAUAGACAAACAUGAAGCUAAUCAGCUUAUGAAGGAUAUACACAAAGGAUCCUUUGGCACUCAUGCAAAUGGGCAUGCAACGACGAAGAAGGUCCCGAGGGCCGGUUACUACUAG